AUGGAACUUGAUUGGGAAGCAAUUGGCGCUAAUAUAUCUAAAUACAUAGAUAAUGAAGGAUUCUUGGCUGCAAGAACUCCUCAAGAGAUUUGCAAAAUUCUUAGUCAUGCAAAACUAAGUCCAUGUGAGUUUACAACAUUAUUUACAAACUUAUCACGAUAUCAUGGCAAAGCAAACAUGCUUACGAUGCUUCUUUGUGCACGUACAAAUGAAUUUAAAACCAAAGAGCAAGCCAUCGAGGUUUCCGAUACAAUUUCAUCGAUCCUCGGAAUACGUCUUCUUGAUUCAGUAUUUUCAGUAUUCAAAAAUAACAACAGAGAAACAGAUAUUCGAGCAUUGCCUCAACAAAAAGAAAAACCAAACAUUGAUACAAGUAAUCAAAUUGUAGUUAAGAUAAUAACAGGAAAAAUUAUUAAAUUCACUGAUAUUGACCUCAAACAGAAAGUAGUGGAUUUUAAAAAAUUGAUCCAAGAAAGAGUAAAUAUAUGUUAUGAUCAACAAAGAUUAAUUUAUUGUGGAAGAAUACUUGACGAUGAAUUCACACUUGAUGACUAUGGGGUUCAUUAUGGAUCCAUAUUAACUCUUGUAUUAAAAUUGCUUGGUGGAAAGCCAGUGAUUUAUUUGUAUCCAAAAGAAGAAAUAGACGCAAAGGUAAAUAUCAAAAUCAAUGAUGGUGAAUUUUCUUUUGUUUAUCCUUCAUUCGAUGAAAAGAAUACAUGGAAUGUCAAAGCACUACCAUCAGGUGAGAUCAUUCACAGAGGAAAGAAGAUGAGAUACCUCUUCUGGGAAACAUUAUUCUAUCCAAAUCUCAAACUGGACAAAGGAUUCUGUAUCAAAGGAGAAGAGAGUGUUUCUUUCUUCGAGGAUAGACUUAAGUCUAUGAAUCUUAACGACACAGAGAUAUGUGACUUCAUCACAUACUGGAGUCCGAAACUUUGUGGAUACAAGUACGUCAAAAUCUGCUUCCAGUUCCAAAACUUUGAUGAAAUGUGUCCAAUGAAUGUCGAACCGAAACCAGACAACAUCAAUAGAGUCUUCUUCGCAGCUCUCCCACUCGACAACCCAUGUGACAUCGAACCACAAGAACUUCCUGUAUUCAAGCGCGAUGGAUUCACAGUCAUAGAGUGGGGCGGAACUAUUGUUACUGAAAAACUCUAA